UGCAGGGUUCCUUCCGUACCUUUCCUCCGGUGGCUGUGGCCGGCUGCCGCCUCCUCGGGGCCGGGCCAUGGGCGGGACGGUUGCCAGGGUAUUAAAGGGAGGCUCGCCGGCGGCCGGUCUGCCUGUACCCGUGCGCCGGCAAACCCGCAGCCCGGUCUUGCGGGAGGACGCGCCGCGGGAGCCUGUGUACGGCGGCCCGGAGCGUUAAGACGUAAAGUUACUGCUUUAAAGACAUCAUCUUCUGGCCUCCAUCAGUUCCAGGACAUGUGCUGUAGUUCCUGUCUUUGUUCCUCUAUGAGUGAUUCGUGUCUGCCUUCAGAGGCACCCCCUGAGUAACAGCGAUUGGUUUGGAAAAACCUCCUGACCAAAGACUGCUCCAGACAGGAAGUAACUCAGGCAGGCUCAGGAGAGCAGGAAGUGAGAAGACAGAUGCUAAGUUAAAGACCAGCCCACUAACCUGAUUGAGUUGCUCAGGGAAGUAAACCACCUGUCUCCUGAAAUGUCUUCAGAAAAUAAAGAGCAGCAUGACCUCUCCCCGAGGGACUUACCUGAGGAAGCCUGCGUUUUCCCCUCUGAGCUCCCCCUGGAGGGCCAAAGAGGAUCAAGCACCGACUUGACCCGAGAUGGCCGGGGAGCUUUCCGUAGGAUCCACUUGGAGCUUCGUGAGAAACCAGAUCCUGACGUCAAACAGCUCGUCAUCAGAAAGAUCCAGAAGAGUUGCCAGUGUAGCGCAACCAAAGUCAGAAGUGGGAUUUUUGAUUUCCUUCCUGUUUUGCGGUGGCUCCCAAAAUAUGAUCUGAAGAAAAACAUUUUAGGUGAUGUGAUGUCUGGUCUGAUUGUGGGCAUACUGUUGGUGCCCCAGUCCAUCGCUUACUCCCUGCUGGCUGGCCAGGAGCCUAUCUAUGGCCUGUAUACAUCAUUUUUUGCCAGCAUUAUUUAUUUCCUGUUUGGUACCUCCCGCCAUAUCUCUGUGGGCAUUUUUGGAAUUCUGUGCCUUAUGAUUGGUGAGGUAGUUGACCGAGAACUACAUAAAGCCUGCCCUGACAUUGCUUCUACAUCAUCUUCACUAGCAGUGUUUUCAAAUGGAUGUGUGGCUGUAAACCAUACAUUAGACGGACUCUGUGACAAAAGCUGUUAUGCAAUUAAAAUUGGCAGCACUGUGACAUUCAUGGCUGGAGUUUACCAGGUAGCGAUGGGCUUCUUUCAAGUGGGCUUUGUCUCUGUCUACCUCUCAGAUGCCUUGCUGAGUGGGUUUGUCACUGGUGCCUCCUUCACCAUCCUCACAUCUCAGGCCAAGUACCUCCUUGGGCUAAGCCUUCCUCGGAGCAAUGGCGUAGGCUCUGUCAUUACUACCUGGAUCCACAUCUUCAGAAACAUCCAUAAGACCAACAUCUGUGACCUCAUCACCAGCCUUUUGUGUUUCCUGGUCCUUGUGCCAACCAAAGAACUCAAUGAACACUUCAAGGCCAAGCUCAAGGCUCCAAUUCCAGUCGAGCUCAUUGUCGUUGUGGCAGCCACUCUGGCUUCUCAUUUUGGAAAACUACAUGAGACUUACAAGUCCAGUAUUGCUGGACACAUUCCCACUGGGUUUAUGCCACCCAAAGCACCAGACUGGAGCCUCAUUCCUAAUGUGGCUGUAGAUGCCAUAGCUAUUUCUAUCAUUGGUUUUGCCAUCACUGUAUCACUUUCUGAGAUGUUUGCCAAGAAACAUGGCUACACAGUCAAAGCAAACCAAGAAAUGUAUGCCAUUGGCUUUUGCAAUAUCAUACCUUCCUUCUUCCACUGCAUAACCACUAGUGCCGCUCUUGCAAAGACAUUGGUGAAGGAGUCAACAGGCUGCCAGACGCAGGUGUCGGCUAUAGUGACAGCCCUGGUUCUUCUGUUGGUCCUUCUGGUAAUAGCUCCUUUAUUCUAUUCCCUUCAAAAAUGUGUCCUUGGCGUGAUCACUAUUGUAAAUCUCCGGGGCGCACUUCUCAAAUUUAGAGACCUGCCAAAGAUGUGGAGGCUCAGCAGAAUGGACACAGUUAUCUGGUUUGUGACUAUGCUGUCCUCUGCUCUGUUAAGCACUGAAAUAGGCCUGCUUGUUGGGGUUUGUUUUUCAAUGUUUUGUGUGAUCCUCCGUACUCAGAAGCCAAAGAAUUCACUGCUUGGUUUGGAAGAAGAAUCCGAAACCUUUGAGUCCAUUUCCACUUACAAGAACCUUCGGAGUAAGUCAGGCAUCAAGGUUUUCCGCUUCAUAGCCCCUCUCUACUACAUAAACAAAGAGUGCUUUAAAUCAGCUUUGUACAAGAAAACGCUUAACCCAGUCCUGGUAAAGGCAGCUUGGAAAAAGGCGGCAAAGAGAAAACUCAAAGAGGAAACAGUGACUUUUCGCGGGGACCCGGAUGAAGUUUCAAUGCAGCUUUCCCAUGAUCCCUUGGAAGUGCACACCAUUGUGAUCGACUGUAGCGCAAUACAGUUCUUAGAUACAGCAGGGAUCCACACACUGAAAGAAGUUCGCCGGGAUUAUGAAGCCAUUGGUAUCCAGGUUCUACUGGCUCAAUGCAACCCUUCUGUGAGGGAUUCCUUAGCCAGAGGAGAAUAUUGCAAAAAGGAGGAAGAAAGUCUUCUCUUCUACAGUUUGUCCGAAGCGGUAGCUUUUGCAGAAGACUCUCAGAAUCAGAAAGGAGUGUGUGUUGUCAAUGGUCUGAGUCUUUCUGGUGACUGAGAAGGUUAAUCUGAGUCUUUGUGGUGACUGGGAAAGUUAAUAAAAGGAAGAAUAGUGUCCUGCCUGUUUCAAUGUGCAACGCUUUCUACUGAAAGGAGAAAGCCAUGCACACUUGAAACAGUUCUCAUUUGAAGCUAGCCUUUUGAUAGUCUCGUGCAGUAGAGCUUUUGGUUGGGUAGAAUCAAAAAGAAGUGAAUGUUGUGGCUUCCUGCUUUCAUGCAGAUAGUAUUCUUGGGGUACAGUGUAAACGGAAUGGAACUGUAAAGCAGCCCCCCAACUUAAUCGCCUUACUUUAGGAACUAUGUAUCUGAACUCUGUCCUCCAGGAUGCAGAGGGAGGAAAAGCUGGGGUUUGCUACAUAUACUGGAUCCUUUGCAUGGCUCUGGAGGGGAAGAAAGGAGGUGGCAUUGCUGGGACAGAGGCUGGCAAAGCGGGGCCCUGAGGAGACGAGUUCUGGCCCUGCUGCUGUGUCUGUUUGGGUUUUGAUCCUCAGACAGCAGUAAGAGCUCUUGAUGAUAGUUGGAAAUCACCAUCUUUCCUUUCCUUCAUGCAAGAACUCUGCCAUAGUCUCGUAAGAGGAUCUGAUCCUCACAGCCGGCCUGAUACUGUUGUAUAGAACCCGUGUUGUAAACGGCUGAUGUGUUAGUCAACCCUUUUUAUUUAGAAUAAGUAGGUAAGGAAAGAGUUCAAAACCAGAAAGGCAAUGGAAGCCUUUGUGUUUCCUCAACUCUGUCUCUGUCUUUAAGAACAGACUCGUCUACUGUUACAGACUUGUCUACUCGUCUACAGAUCUCACCUUUGAUCUAUUCCUGUGCUUCCCCGGGGAAUCUUUGCUCAGUUGGCAUUUCUGAACACCCAUGGCAGUGUCAUCAGGGAAAGAAGAAUAUUGGCUCAGUGUUCUUAGAACACUGUGAACGGGCUUGUGGUGCACAUUCAAGAAGAGAUCGCAAAAAAGAAUAAAUGAGAGUUCCCCUUAAGAAAUGCCACCAUCCACCACUGAGGCGUCUUAGCAAGGACCUGCUGGGGUUGGCAGUCUUUCUUUGUAGAAGUGACUGUGGAUGAGUACAGAGGUGAUGGGGUGCUUCCAAAAGGACAUCCACCAUUACUUUGCAGAUGUGAAAGCAGUGUUGGUGCUUACUGUCACGCACCCUGUUGGUAUAUGAUAAAUAUUGAUGUCAGUGGUCACUUUUAAUGCAGGACUUCGAACCUUCACAGAGCCCUAGAUUUACUGGUGUGUCAUUCUCAGUAGCUUGCUGCAGGUUAUGAGUUGAGUAGUUUCUUCAGAAAAGGACUUCGACAGGUAAGAAAAGUUCUCCCAAGUGCAGAAUAGAGGACUCACAUGAGAUUAAAACAUUUAGCCAAGUUAUUAAGGUAACAGUUUCUGAAGUGUAAAAUCAUUUUUAGCCUCUUCUUACAUGCGAAACAAUUUAAAAUAUUUACGGGAAGCACUCUGUAACGAACCUACUGAGGUGGAGUGCUUUCAGACAUUUUACACGUGCAUACUCCAGGAACUGCCUGUUCUCCCGUGGCAGAGUGCUCCUGUUUGCAUAUGUGGGUUUCCAUGAUUCCAGCCAAAGCUUCAGACAGGAAUGAGGAUCUCUGGUGAUUACGUUGAUAAACUCCACAUAGCCAUGGAUUUUGACAUCCCUCUGGACUCUGUCCUAGAGUUCCAGAAAUGUCGGCCUCUGCUUGCUUGCUCUUUUAUCUCCUUAGCUUUAUGAAUAAUUGAAAGAUCACACUAUCCUAGUCAUUUCUGAAAAUCUCCCUUGCCCUUUCCUCAGGCCAUGUUGGAAUUAAGACUGUUAGAGAUGUCAAUACUCAGGGAAGACUAGUAGGUACAUGUUCAGUGCGGGCGGGAGAGGUGGUCCGCAGUCGGGAGCACUUGCUACUCUUGCAGAGGACCAAAGUUCAGUUCCCAGCACCCACAUGGCAGCUCACAGCCACCUGCCACUUUAGCUCCAGGUUCUCUAACCCUCUUCUGACCUCCAUGACACGCACACACAUUUUUUUUAAAGCACAUGUUUAAGAUUACUGUAUAAUCCAUUCAACACCAGCAUAGAAAAAGAAUUUGAGUUCAGUGUUUGGCCAGUAUCUGCCCUUUGACAUCUAAGUUCAUAGCGUGGAUCUACUAGGGUCUGAGACUUUACAUAUGCAUUAGCAAAUUCUCGAGUUAUGUUCUGAUUUGUGUUUGUUCCACCAAAGCAAACAGGAUUCUACUUUUGAGUAACCAUUUUUAAAACACGAUUGCACUAGAGUCUGCUGCUGCCUUUCUCUUUCGGUUGAUCUCUUUCUAAAUCGAACAUUAAACUUGAUUUUGAUUGCUAAUAUUUGAAGGAAUCAAAUUUAGCACCAAAGCCUAAUUUACCACCAGCACCAGAAAUAACAAGCCAUUUUCACUUCCUUUUGAUGCUUUAAACAUAUUUGUAAAAGUUAUUUCGCUCACUCCGAACAUUAGAGUAUAAAAUAUUUCCUGAUGGUUUACAGAGAAGUAGAACCCUGAACACUGUUAAAUGACUCUCAUUUGAAAUACAGAGUGUACAUGUGUCUGUGUAUAUUUUAUGACAAGGUCUUAUGUAGCAUAGACUGGCCUCGAACAUGCUAAGUAGCCCAGGGUGAUUGUGAACUGUCGGUCCCCAGCUUCUACCUCCAGGGCUGGAGUUAACAGGUCCUAGGGAUGGAGUAAGCUGGUGUGUAUACAGACCUGCUAUGAAAAGAACACAGUUCAGGGGAGUCAAAGGUUAGAUCACCAAGAUCUGUAAUGACAGCAAGGCAGAGCUGGCUGGAUCCAGAUCAUGGUAAAGCCCACAGUACGAUGAGGGGUCAGGAGCAUGCCUCUAAGGGCAACGUUAGACAUAGGUUCUCUUUCUGGACAGGGAGAGUCGCAAGUUCACCAGAGCUCCAAAGAACUAAGAAGUUUACAUGCUCAAGUUGUAGCCAGCACCUAGGUGGGCCUACUCAGGAGUGCUGUCCUCCCUGUGAGCUGUGCAGCUGUAGUGCAGUAUCUCAGAUAGAAUGAGACUGGCAGGUAUCUAGUUAGUUCUAAGCAGGGUCAGUGAGACAGGUAUGAUUUAUAUAAAGUUUUCAGCACAGUGGAUGGUGAACUUGGAGACUGCAUGGAGGUGAUAGGUGAGUUCAGUAGACUAAUGCUUCUGGCUACAUUGAAGCAAAAACAGAUCCUCUACAGGGAUGUUCCUGGCAGUUUGACAUUUAAGAACGUGUUGCCAGGAUUAACUCCAAUCUGCAAAGUACAGAAAGGAGUAGGUUUGGGGACUAAUGCCUCUUCAUUUACAGAGAUGGCUUGAGCUCUGUGAUCCCCCCACUACCACCCACCUCCAUUAGUGUCCUCGAUUCCGCAUUUUCAAGGAGGUGCUGUAGGGAUAGCCGAAGGCUCUCUGCAUGGCAGUAAACCCUUCUGCAUAGCCCCAAUGUCUGGGAGCCUGGUGUCCCGGGGACUUAGAAGUGCCUGCUGGAGAGUACUUGAGCUGAGGGCAGAUGGAGGACUGAGAGAGGCAAGUGCACUCUGGAAUAUGCAGGCAAGACUGACUCUAGAAAAGUGGAGUUCUCCAGGUGAAAAGCUGUACAUUCUGCCUAAUUGUUGUUGUUGUUGUUCUUCUGUGUUCUUCUUGGACUCUUAAUUCUGGUGGUAUUUUAAUUUGAACUCUGUGAGGCACUUGGAGGCUGAGGAAGGAAGAUUGAGUCUUCGAGGCCAGCCUGAGGUAGUUGGUGAGACCUUGCCAAAAGAAGAGAAAAGAAAACUAGCUAGCUGCUGGAGAUGGAGACCCAUUUGUCCUCCAACUCUAUAUAUAAGGAUUCAGUAAAUUAUGGAUCAUAGUACAUUUCGGUGCUAAGUUUAAGCAUGGAAAUUAUAAUGGAACAGGACAAAACAGUGCACCAGCUGGCUUGUUAGAGGCUAUUUCAUAAAGUAAAAUUCAAUUUGUGUUAAAAGUAAAUUUUUAAGAUUUUUUUUUUAAAAUAGUAACUUGGAAAUAGAGGCUUUAGAUGUAGAAGGGGUUGCUUUUAAUAAGGUAAUUUUUUUAUCAUGGUAAGAACUAUUUUUUUACCAAAGGUAUUUUGUAAUUUUAAAGUAAAUAUGCUAAGUACAAUUAAAAACUCAAAUAAACAUGCUAGUAUAUUUUUGAGUAUGUAUUUUGUACCCUAUGACUUAGUUUAAAAUAAGAGAGUAUUGAUGUCUGCAGAGUAAGAAUGAGAGUGACAGAGGCUGUUACUGGAGACACUGGAUUCCAAGUCUGCCAUAGCUGCUGGGUCACAAGGGCUUUAAUCUGAGACUUGAACAGACUUACUCUGGAAUAAUCCCACACCCUGUACUGCAUCCCUAACAAGGAAUACGGAACCAAAUAGCUGCUCCUCCUCUUCAGUGCAAAUCAUUUGGGAAAUUGGGAUCCGAGUCCUGAUGCUGCCAUGACUUCUGUGCCUUAGUGGUAAGUGUAAGAAUUCCCACAUAGCCUGGCUUUCCCCUUCAUAGUGUUGUGUACAAAUGCAGACAGCAUAGAGAGGGGUUUAACCGCCACCAACCAGGCCUAAUGUCUGUCUGUCUGUCUGUCUGUCUUUCUUUCUUUCUUACUUACUUUCUUUUUCUUUCUUUCUUUUUUUUUCUUUUUUUUUUUCUUUUUUUCUUUUCUUUUUUUUUUUUUUUUUUGGCUUAAUCAAUGAGCUUUAUUGGAUAUACUUAGAGGACAAUGAGGAAGAACUUGUAGACCAGAGCACAUGGGACUCAUAAUCAGAGGUUAUCCUGAAACUUGAAACCAGUGUUUGACAGAGAUUAUGAAUACUGGAUACUCCAAGCAAAUCUGUAGGUAUCAGGUUUUUUUUCUUUUUGUUUUUUUGUUUGUUUAUUGUUUUGUUUUGAGACAAGGUUUCUUGGUGUAGACCAGGCUGCCCUGGAACUCAGAAAUCUGCCUGCCUCUGUCCCUAAAAUGAUGGAAUUAAAGGCAUGCAUUAUCAUUGCCAGGCCCUGUAGGCAUCUCUAUAAGAUAAAGAACAUCCUAUUUUGGUGGCUCAGUGUAUCAAAUCCUCCUUUGUAAGUAUAAUUUGAAUUUCUUUAUGUGAUUAAAUAUAAAGAAUUCUGUCAGUACUAUUAAACAGUUUGAAUUGUGUAUUACAUACCUUAAUUAGGUUUCCUUUUGAAUCAUUUAUUUCAGUUUCAAGGAAAGUGUCCAAAAAUACCAUAUUCUUCUGGCUUCCUUACUUGGUUUUAUCUUAUGAUAUUUGAAGGUGAACAACUAAAGCUUCCCUAUAUUGUCACAUUCUCAGAGUAUUUCCCCACAGAAAUAGUGCACAUUAUCUAAGAUUUGAACAUGGCAUGAAUGUUUUCACAAGUGUUGUAUACUUAACAAUAAUUCUGUAAUAUAGAGUAUUAUUUGCAUCUGUAAGGUUUCUCACCUAUUUGAGUUCUAUGAUGAAUUCUAAGACUGCCUUUGUCUGUAAAGCAUUUAUCACAUUCACUGCAUUUAUAAGGUUAUUCUCUUGUAUGGAUUCACUGAUGAUAUUGCAGACUAACUUUGUACUUAAAGCAUUUGUCACAUUACUUGCAUUUUUACGGUAUCUAUUCUAUAUGAAUUCCCUGAUGGAAUGAAGAUUGCAUUUGUAGGUAAAGCAUUUGUCAUGUUCACUGCAUCUCUGAGGUUUCUCUCCUGUAUGAAUUCUCUGAUGACUACCAAGACUGCAUUUUUGGGUAAAGCAUGUGUCACAUGCACUGCAUUUGUAAGGUUUCUCUCCUGUAUGAGUUCUAUGAUGAAUUCUAAGACUGCCUUUGUCAGUAAAGCAUUUGUCACAUUCAGUGCAUUUGUAAGGUUUCUCUACUGUAUGAAUUCUCUCAUGAUUACUAAGAUGGGAUUUGUAGUUAAAGCAUUUCACAUUCACUACAUUUGUAAAGCUUCUUACCAUUAUUGUUUUGUUUCAGCAUCUGUUUAUGUUUAGACACAAAGCCCCCAUCAAGUUCUGUAUGGUUUUCUUUCUUCCCUAUAUGUAUUCCUUGAUUUAGAUUAGUGAUAGAGCACUCAUUUAAACACUUUACAUAGUCUUUAUAUUUGGAAAUUUCUCUGGUUUUUCCAGUUUUAAGUCUUUUCAGGUUUGGGGAUUGAAGUGAGGCAUCUCUGUGGUUAGUUUCAUAACAUGUGCUUUGGGUGGAUUCAUUAAUCAUUUUGCUAAGCUCAUUACAUUUAUAAGACUUCUCUAGUAUAUUCACAUACUCGUGGACAAUGCAUUCUGUGUCUAGAUCUAAGACCUUCCCAUGUUUUGCACAUAUGAGAUGAUUUUCCACAAACGGAAGAUUGUUGUAAUUCUCCAACAUCACAUCCAUGUACAAUGCCUGCUGAGUAGAACUGAGACAUUCUCGUUCCUCCAGUGAGGAGUCCAGAGCCACGUCCUUGAAAGUUAACAGACCCCGUCGAGUGUUUACCAGAGAAGCACUCACCUUUUUGUUGUUGUUCUCCCAGUUUGAAAUAUUGGAACUCUUCUGGAUCCUUUGUUAGAGUCUACUUGGCCUUUACCACCCAGGGUUCUUAGUUUAAUUUUUAGUUAUGGAGAUUUGGCUCAGCAUACAGACACCCAGAUUUGUAUUCCUAGUGCUACAAUCUCAAUAUGCCAGGUAAGGCAUGGCCACUAGUGUCAUGGUGUCAAGAAGAUCUGUGGGUAACAGAAGAUUUUCUUGUUCUAGAUGACCCCAGCUCCUUUGAUUUAUAGUUACACAGUUUUGUCAGAGCAUACAGAGACCUGGCAGGUGACAGGACCAGCUGCUGAAUGUCCUAGGAGGCCAGCACAGCAACUGCAGCUUAAGGAAGUUUUCAGGUUCUGGAACUUCUAGGCACUAGUUUCCCAGCAUGACUUGCUGACCCCGAGGCAGCCGAGAUGCUUGGAGAAGGCUGGAAUGGAAUCCAGGCCUGAUUUCUAGUAGGGAUGUAUUUUCUAGUAGGCCUUUAAAUUCAAGUAAGUGCCUUGAUGAUUGAUCAGUGCUCAACCAUCCUUCAGACAAGGAUGGGAUGUUUCCUGUUGGGGGGAGGGAGUUGUUAAUCAUUUCCUUUUAGAAGAAUAUGUAUUGCUUAUUUUAUAAGGUGUAUGUGUUUGAGAUUUAAGGGUGCCAUUUCUUUUGUUAAUAAAUUGUUAUUGUAAUAAAAUAUUAUUGUGUAAGUUA